AUGUCUGACACUGGUAGAAAAAAUUUCUCUGAUAAAGUUUCCGAAACUGUUAAACCAGAUAGCCAAAAGGGUGUUUUCGAGAAGGGUAAAGAAACCGUUACUGAUUAUGCUGAUAAGGCCGCCUCUGCCGUCACACCAAAAAGUGAAAAAGGUCUGGGUCAAUCAGUCGUUGACUCUGCCACAAAGGGUAGAGAUGAAGCUAACGCCAAAUCCAACUCUAAAUCCUUUGGUGAAACUGCUGGUGAAUAUGUAGAGGCUGCCAAGGAAAAAGUUAGUGAUGCUGCUGAAUAUAUUAGUAGUUCCAUAACUGGCGCCAAAAAUGAUGCUGCUGCUGGUGCCGAAAAGAAGUAA